UUGUUUGUCUCCUCAUAAAUCGACUCCUAUAUUUCAUAAUUAUCGCAUGCAAUUUAAAAAUCUAAAGCAACUAAGAAAGCUGAACAGCUGUUUACUGAAAAAUGCUGAUGAUCUUAGUUUUAGCAAUGAUUUCUCUAGCAGGUUGUGACCUGGUCAGGGGUUCUUCUGAGGUGGUGGGGACCACUUCAAAUUCUCAUCCUCCGCAGACCCCCUGGGAGUCGCUUGUGUUUAUUCUGCCACUUCAUCUCUCCCGGUUGGGGUCAAUGUGUGCCACUCACAGCAUGUAUUUUUGCCUGGACAAACUCUGGACUGAGCCACUGCAUGUCGUGGAUGUAGACACUGCACAAGCUCAACAUCCCGAGGACUCGUGGUUCAACCAAGUGUUCAACGUCGAGUACGAGGAGUCCUCGAGAGAAGGUGACCUGGCUAGUGAGUUCCAGAGAUUAGUUUCAUCGGGAGGCGCCUUCAGAGACUACAACAUCAUAUCGAAGCGCAUGUACCGUGAGCAGGAGUGUUGUGACAGUCAGAACAAGGACUACGUGCAGUAUGGGUUCCGGAACAGACUGAUGUCACCUAGUGAGUACCUCCGAAGACUCACUGACUUCUCAGAAACUGCAGACUCCUCAACAGAGAGACACCUCAACUACAUCGAGGCCAGGUAUAAUCCCCAUUUGUGCUUGAACAUCAUUCUUUCUGUCGGCUUUGGACCCGAUCGCCUAAGGAGAGAACACUUUCCUGGCGACAUGCAGAACGCUCCUUACGCCUUACGCCUUCAACCUUUCGCCGAAAUGAUAUUGUUCUCCUUCGAGAAGCCUGGCGAUGAACUCACUUUUCAAUGGUUUAAACAUAAUGUGGUUUGCUCAGAGAAAGCGUGGAUUUGUGACGACGGUUCUCAAAGCCGAGAGCUCAGAGGAAGACUCGCUAGAAAUGAACAACCUUUUGGCAACUACCACAGAACUUGAUUAUUCUGACAGUAUGUUACGCAAACAUUUGAGCAAUGCAAUUUUCAACUGCUUUUUAAAAAUUAA